AUGGCUUCCGACACGGAUUCAGAGCCGCGGCGAGCCACCCGCGAGGAGAUGCGCGAAGCCCGCCUCCCGCUCGCCUACCGCGACAGCUGCGCCCACCUCCUGAUCCCUCUCAACAAGUGCCGGAAAGCGACGUGGUAUGCGCCUUGGAAGUGCACCGACGAGAGGCACAGCUACGAAAAGUGCCAGUACGUCGAGUUCAAGAAGCGCGUCGCCAAGAUGGACGAGCUGCGGGAGUCGAAGGGCGGCGCGAGGUCAAACUAA